AUGGAGGCCUUCUGUUCCUCAUACCUCAGAUUAGUAACCCUGCACAUCAUCCAGGCUGCAGGGUUCGACAAGACUUCAGAAAUAAGCAUUGACGUUUUAACCGAUAUUUUUGGUCGUUAUAUAACGCUUCUUGGACACACGGUCACAGAAAACGCCAAUCAUGCUGGCCGAGCCACCCCAACCAUUUUAGAUCUAAGCCCAGCAUUUGAAUCACUCAACAUAGACAUGAGCGAUCUCAAGGAAUGGGUGACGGAAGGUGACGGCAAAACGUUGGAAAAUCUCGGACUGUCGAUUCCCAGUCCUCCCAUAAGAGGUAUACUUCAGAGCGGUUUAGUGGAAGAUCAAAACGAGGUGAUGACCAUUAAUCCAUUUCCACCUGAUGUGAAGAUAGUAGAAAAGGUAGAGGAGAUGGGUGACGAGUUGAAAGAAAACGUAAAAGAAGAUGAUGAAAGUGACGUGAAGGGUUAUGAUGAAGAGAAGGUUGAGGAAGAGAAGAAUGAAGGGGCCAUUGAAGAAAAGGCUGAUGAGAGCACCGCAAAGUCAGAAACAACGAUAGGUUCGCCUAUCGAUAAGGAAGUGAAAGUUGAAGAAAUGGUUAUAAGCGAAAAAGAAACGAAGACUGAUGAGGGGCCGCCGUUAACAGAAGUUUCAUUACAUGCUAAUUUUAAUCAAGACCAAGAUGCGGCCAACCUGAAGCGUAAAAUAAGAUCUCCAUCAUGUUUAUCCGCCUAUGCCAAAGCCUCCUCAUCUGAUAUAGUCCAAUCGACUCUCAAAGCCUUUUCCUCACUGCAAGACUCUUUUUGGGAGAACGACGAUGUACACACGUCGGGGUUAACACGGAAGAAACACCGGCUUGAUGAUGCGCCAGGCUGGCUUAUGCCGUAUAGCAACAAAUCAUACUUACCAGAGGCAUGGGAAAGGGAUGUCAAGUUGGCAGAAGUAAGAGCCAAGUUUGGCUUGGACGUACCGUUCAUAGAUGGCGUUUCGCUUGUAGAAGAUCCGAACGCUGAGCCGCCAUCACCUGAUUUCUUGUACAUUUCAGCGGGUUCACAACAACACUCUCAACAAUCUCAACCUUCUAAUCAAAAGCAAAAGCAAGAAACAAAAGCAUUACAACAGCAACGACAAGGAUUAGCACAGCUGCAACAAGCACGGCAACAGCCGAAACAACGACAACAAAAACAACCGCCAAAGCAACAAAAAGAACAAAAACGGGAGCAAGUUCAGCCUCCGUAUAAUUCUACGCAACGGCCGAAAAAACCCUCGAAAGUCAAACUGAAACCGAAACCUACGAAAUCUACGCCUGCAUCGGCCAGCACUCCUAUGAAAAUAAAACUUCGCAUACCAACGCCUCACAAACAAUCCUCGUCGCCCGCAUCAGUUCCAUCGACACCCGUAUCCGCAAUAUCAGCCUCGUUACCCCCGUCGACACUCAACACACCAUCCGUAGUCGUAUCAAUACCCACCAUGAACGACGAAGAGAUAAACUGUAUCUGCGAGAAUCCGCACAUGGACUAUGGAAAAUUCAUGAUUGCCUGUGAUAAUUGCGAAGUUUGGUAUCACGGAAGUUGUGUUGGGUUUGGGGAUGGGACCGAUGUGGUAGUUGACAGUUGGUUUUGCAUGAGGUGUCGAAAGAGAGGGGAAAGUGCAAAGACGGAGAAAUAG